AGGCAACUAACUUGCCCCUCAAAUAAUUCAUCUGUGCAAUCUUCUCAUCGCCUUCUUGUUUGCGCCGAGAUAGAGUAAUUGAGUUUCAGAGAUUUUGCACCACCAACCCCAUACCAUACCAUACCAUUGCGUAGAUUAAUCUAGAGAAAAAAGAAAGAAAAACAGAGAUGGAGUUGGUUGGUGUUCUUAAUUAGUAGCUGGCAAACGGAUGAUUCAAUAUUCCUAGUACCAAAGGAAUCCUUAAUAUAGGGAGGGGUAGAUGGGUAAAUGGCGAGUUGUAAUAAAAUAUUUCUUCCUGAGGAUGUGAUGAUUGAGAUUCUCUCAAGGCUGCCGGUGAAAUCAGUGAUUAGGGCCGGAGCCGUAUGCAAAAAUUGGUACUCUAUCAUCAAAAACCCUAGUUUGGUUACUAAGCACUUGAACAACCAUCACACCAACAACAACAACAGUGGCCGUCUUUUCAUUAGUCGUCGUAACAAGGUGAAUAUUUAUUUCUCAUUGUUCCCUGAUGAAACACUUGCCUGUACGUAUGAGGAUGUGGUGGUGGUGUUGGAUAUUCCCAACUGUGUAGUGGUUGUUGCCAGUCCCUACAAUGGCAUAUUGUGCCUGUGUACCAAUUGCCAUCGUUCCAAUCGCUUUGCUUUGUGGAAUCCCGCAAUCAGAGAAUUUAGGUCCCUCCCCGUACUGCCUCGUAACCAUCCACCUAAUGUGAAGACUUGGACUGAAACAUUUGGAUUUGGUUUGGAUCCCAUUACUAAUGAUUACAAGGUGGUUUGGAUUUGGAACACUACGAAGGAGGAUGCUCCAUAUCGGUUUGGUCCUUUUCAGGUUGCUGUGUAUACCUUAUCUACUGAUUCAUGGAGAUAUCUUGAUCAUGUUGCUCUGCCUUAUCAUGGCAUUGACACCCCUCUGUCUAACACAUGCAUUAAUGGGGUUUAUCACUGGCUUGCAACUCAGAAUUGUGAAGAUAGUUAUUCCAUCCUUUCAUUUGACAUGGGCAAUGAAUUGUUUCAUGAUAUACCAGUGGAUAUUCCAACUUCAAAACAUUACUACUCCCCACCCCGUCUUCUAUCCUACAAUAACUCUCUUGCUCUGAUAUGUUAUGAUUAUUCUAAUCUAACGAUUGACAUAUGGGUGAUGAUGGAAGAUGAUGGGUGUUGGACAAAACAUUUUACCGUUGAAAUGAAUACAAAAUUCUGGUGGUGCCUUGGGUUUUGGAGGAACAAUCAGCUUAUUAUCCAAACUGAUGUAGAUGGUCAUGUGGCCUUAUAUGAUCCACACACGUGUGAAAUUAAGGAUUUUGGAUCCAAGAAUUGGUAUGCGUCCUUCGUCUAUAGGGACAGCCUGGUCGCAAUCAGGGGCAAAGAUGGGUUUCUAAAACAAGAUUACUUGUCUGAUGCAGAUCAAAUUUGUAACUUUUCUAAAACAGUUGAAGUUGAAAGGUCAGACUUUCCUGAUGAUGAGGAUUUUGAUAUUUUUCGUUUAUUUCUCAUCUAGUAAAGUUGAAUGGCAUGCUAUUUUAUCAUUCUUGUUUAUUGGUGAUAAACCAAAUUUUAUUGCUUUAUUCCUUUUGUCUCAUCAGUUGGUCUAUUAUAAGCAUUUGAAACUAUUGACUUUUCUUAGCUGAUCACAAUUUCUUUUGAUUUGUAUUCUCAAGUUAUCACUUGUCUGUUAACCGUUGAUUCCUCCCUUCUUUAUGA